AUGACAGAAGAUGUUAUUGAAGCAACAACUAUGUGUUUGGUUUCACAAGCACAAGAACUUGAAAAUAAUCUUUGUGAAGAAGAACUCGAAAAAAGUGUUUUAAAAGAAUUUGGAAGGUGUUUAGAACAAAUAAUUGAAAGUGCUACUUCUUGUUUACCAUUUCAAAUACAACAACAAUCUUCAUUAUUGAUACCUAAACAUAAAAUUGAAACAAAUGAUUUGGAAGGAAAAAAUAAUUUUUAA